AUGAAUCUAUUCAUCUUCUUCUAUAUAUUCGUCCAAUUCUGUAUUAUUCAAGUACGCACAGACGAAUGUGAAUUAACAUCAAAUGAUGCUGAUGUUCAAUUGACAACGAAAACGUUCCUUCAAUCUCGACAGUUCUGUAGUGAAGCUCGUUUUCCCAGCAGAAACACUCGACAGAUUAUCAUAUCGGGUCGUCUAGUAGAUUACACAACCCGUUGCAAGCGAGGUAUAUCACAAGCCGACAUUGAAAUAAUUCACGGACAAUCCGGCUUCCAUCCCAUUUGUCGCGAGCUUCACCAUCCAAAUUCGCGUGGCUUCUAUAACUUAUCAACUGUAAUUGCAACACCAUUCACCGGGCAACUUUACAUACGUGUGACAUCACCUGGUUAUGAAACAGUUUUAAAAAGAGUUCCCAUAUCAUUGUCAUCGCAAAGAAAACGAAAAACCAUUUUUCUUCAAUUGAAACUAGCAAUGGUACGCAGUGAAGCACAGAUAGAACAACAACAAGAUCAGCAAACACAACGAAUGAAUUCAAUUGUUGAUACUCUCAUGUCGCAAAUGACUAUCGAAGAAAAGAUUGGACAACUAAAUCUGGUUACGGUUGGUUUUGAUGUUACUGGCCCAAUUGUGAGUGAAAAUGUUGAUGAAAACAUUCGUCAAGGUCGUAUCGGUGGUGUAUUCAAUACAUUUACACCAAAAGGCGUGCGUCCAUUACAGGAACUAGCUAUGAAUCAUACACGCUUGAAAAUUCCUCUUAUUUUCGGUUAUGAUGUUAUUCACGGCCAUCGAACUAUCUUUCCUAUUUCAUUAGGUAUGAGCACCACAUGGGAUAUGGCAGUCAUCGAAACAAGUGCUCGCAUUGCUGCUCAAGAAGCGACAGCAGAUGGAUUAAAUUGGGUGUUUUCACCGAUGGUUGAUAUAGCACGUGAUCCACGCUGGGGUCGAAUCUCCGAAGGUGCUGGCGAAGAUCCUUGGCUAGGUAGUCAAAUAGCUGCAGCUAUGGUACGCGGCUAUCAAGGAUCAGAUCUGUCUAGCUCAAAUACAGUAAUGGCAUGUCUGAAACAUUUUGCUUUAUACGGCGGAGCAGAGGCAGGACGCGAUUAUAAUACCGUUGAUAUGAGUCGUAUUACUAUGUAUAAUUAUUUUCUACCGCCCUAUCAUGCAGCCGUCGAAGCAGGUGCCGGUAGCGUUAUGACAUCGUUUAAUGAAAUUGACAGUAUUCCAGCAUCGGGAAAUCGAUGGCUAUUACAAGAUUUGCUACGUGAUCAAUGGAAAUUCAAUGGAUUUGUUGUUACAGAUUUUACAGCUAUCAAUGAAAUGAUCGAACAUGGUGUAGGUAAUUUACAAGAAGUAAGCGCACGUGCAUUGAAUGCAGGUGUUGAUAUGGACAUGGUGGGCGAAGGUUUUCUAACCACAUUACCAAAAUCCAUACAAGAAGGAAAAGUAACUGAACAAACGAUCAAUCAAGCAUGCCGUCGAAUCCUCGAAGCAAAAUAUAAACUAGGUUUAUUCGAUGAUCCAUAUCGUUAUUGUGAUGACUCACGUCCUGGAACGGAUAUAUUUACUAAUGAAAAUCGUCUUGCAGCAAGAGAUUUUGCUCGACGGUCAUUUGUUCUACUCAAAACUGAUCGGAAAACCUUGCCAUUAGCAAGAGCGAAUUCAACCAUCGCUCUCAUAGGUCCAUUAGCGGAUGAUCGUCGAAAUUUAAUCGGUAGUUGGAGUGCAGCCGGUAACUGGAGUCAGAGUGUUACUGUACGUGAAGGAAUAAUCAAUCUUGUUGGAAAUCAAAAUCAAGUUUUAGUUGCCAAAGGUUCAAACCUUAUUGAAGAUACAUAUAUGCUUCAGCAACUAAAUGCACACGGUGGUGAAAUCGUUGUAGAUACACAAUCAGCUCAACAAAUAAUAGAUGAAGCAGUAGGAAUAGCGAGCAGAUCAGAUGUUGUUGUAGCUGUUGUCGGUGAAUCGCAAGGAAUGACAGGUGAAGCAGCUAGUCGAGCCGAUAUUGGACUGCCAGAAUGUCAGAAACGUUUACUUCAGGCAUUAUUCAAUACUGGUAAACCAGUUGUUAUCGUAUUAAUGAACGGUCGACCAAUGACACUAACAUGGGAACAUGAACAUGCAGCAGCUAUUUUGGAAACAUGGUUCGCUGGUACUGAAGCUGGUAAUGCUAUUGCUGAAGUACUGUUCGGCCUUUACAAUCCAGCUGGUAAACUAACUACAACAUUUCCGCGUCACGUGGGACAAAUUCCUUUGUACUACAACCACAAGAGGACCGGCCGUCCUUUCAAUGCUACUCAAUUUACUGAUAAAUACAAGAGUCGUUAUUUAGAUAUUCCUAAUGAUCCCCUGUAUCCAUUUGGUCAUGGUCUUAGUUAUACCACAUUUGAGUUCGGUACAAUAUCCGGUGAUAAGUCUGAACUUCGAGGUGAUUCAGAUCGUUUAACUGUUCGUGUACCAAUUAGUAAUCGAGGUGCUUAUGGUGGCGAAGAAGUUGUUCAAUUAUAUAUCAGUGAUCCAGCGGCUAGCGUCACCCGAGCUGUGCGCGAAUUGAAAAAUUUCAAGAAGAUUUAUCUUCGUGCCCAACAAACUGACGAAGUAACAUUUGUGGUAACAACAAAUGAUUUGAAAUUCUACAAUACCAAUCUUGAUUAUGUAUGGGAAGAAGGAGAUUUCAUCAUUCAUAUUGGCCCUGAUUCUGUCAAUACCCAAUCCAUACGAGUGAAAUGGCUUAAAUAG